AUGGCUAAGAAACUUAUCGUCGUUACUGGUGCGACUGGCAACCAGGGCGGCUCUAUCGCUCGCGGGUUGAUGAAGUCAGGAGACUGGCAUGUCCGCGCAAUUACCAGGAAUCCAAAUGGAGAAAAGGCGCAGAAACUUGCUGCGGAGGGUAUGGAGGUGGUUCAAGCCAGCUAUGAAGAUGAAGAGUCUGUCAGGAAGGCCUUUGCUGGUGCGCAAGCUAUCUUCGCAGUGACCCAAUGGGGGGAAGCUUUCUUUAGAGGUGCCGGUCAGAUCGGAGCUGGUGAGAUUGAGGAGCGUCAAGGUAUUAUGCUCGCGAGGCUGGCGGCUGAAGUGCCGACGUUGGAGCAUUACAUUUGGAGCACACUUCCUGCAGCAGAGGAAAUCACUAAAGGCAGAUUUCCUGUUCCUCAUUUCGAUUACAAAGCCAAGGUCGACAAUCAUAUCCGAAAGAACAUGCCAGAUUUGGCUGCUAAGACAACCUUUCUCAUGUUUGGUUUCUAUCCAUCCAACUUUGCCUUCUUCCCCAUGUUGAAGCCGCAGCCAGUGGCUACUGCGCCAGGGACAUAUGUUUGGAUGGUUCCGUCGGAUCCAGCGACCGUUUAUCCCAUGUCCGGCGAUAUGGCUAAGGACCCAGGUGUUUGGGCGCGCCAGAUUCUGGCUAACCCCAAGUUAACGCAUGGAAAGUACGCCGCCGUCUGUACUGAGGUCAUCACUCUCGGAGAGGCGCUAUCACAGUGGGCAGUCGUCUCGGGCAAGAAAGGUGUAUAUGUGGAGGUCAAGCCAGAGGUUAUUGGCAAUUUGUUCGGCCUAGCAGGACAAGAGGCUGUUACCGGUGUAUUGUUUGGCGAGGCAGUGUCGGACUGGUUUGGCCACGUCAAGGAACAAGGCCUUUUCGUCACGAAGGAGGAGCUCGGUAUUUCGAUGGAUGAGGUUUCGAACUUUAAACAAAGCCUUGAAUCGGUGAAACUAUUUCUGGGCUGA